UUUAGGUAUCUAGGGUUUUGGGGGAUAGGAGUUAAAAGACUCGUAGAGGGGAAGGGCUGCUGUUAUCUUUCCUGGGUGGUGGCUGCGUUCGAUUGCAGACUUAUCGGAGCUGUAGAAUACACCGCCGGCAAUCAUGGGUAUUUCUCGGGAUUCCAUGCACAAGAGACGUGCCACUGGAGGGAAGAAGAAGGCGUGGAGGAAGAAGAGAAAGUAUGAGCUCGGCAGGCAGCCAGCGAAUACAAAGCUGUCAAGUAACAAGACAGUGCGAAGGGUGAGGGUCCGUGGUGGUAAUGUUAAGUGGCGUGCCCUGAGAUUGGACACAGGAAACUUCUCUUGGGGAAGUGAGGCUGUGACCCGAAAGACCCGUAUUCUUGAUGUGGUUUACAACGCAUCCAACAAUGAGUUGGUUAGGACCCAAACUUUGGUCAAGGGUGCUAUCAUUCAGGUGGAUGCUGCACCAUUCAAGCAGUGGUAUCUACAGCAUUAUGGAGUUGACAUUGGCCGCAAGAAAAAGACUGCUGCCAAGAAGGAAGGAGAGGAAGCUGAGGCUGGUGCUACUGAAGAGGCAAAGAAGAGCAAUCAUGUUCAAAGAAAAAUUGAAAAGCGUCAGCAGGAUCGCAAGAUUGACCCCCAUAUUGAGGAGCAAUUUGGUGGUGGUCGUUUGUUGGCUGCAAUCUCCUCCCGCCCGGGCCAGUGUGGUCGUGCUGAUGGAUACAUCUUGGAGGGAAAAGAGUUAGAAUUUUACAUGAAGAAGAUCCAGCGAAAGAAAGGAAAGGGUGCUGCUGCUUAGAAGUCAUCAAAAUUUUCCAAUCAGGUACUUGGCUUUCACUGUUUUGAUAACCAUUCCAAUUUCGAUGUAUUGCUUCGUUGAGCCUCGUAGAAUUUCAUUGACAUUUCAAUAGUAAGUUGUGGUGGAUAAUAUUUGGUCUGCUUUUUGUGUUUUUCCAAACAUAUAUUUUCAUUUUAUGCUGAAGUAAUUUAAAUUCCAUAA